CACCGCUCGUUCUGUCCAUUUUGACCUUCUCUUUUUCUCCGUCUAGUGGAAGACACUACCCAUCGACGACGCGCUCCCCGGCGAGGGGGUUUCCGGCUGGAGAUCUCUCUUUCUCCGGGGAUACUGGGCCGUGCUUUCUCGUCUUGUCGGCCGGCAUUCCGACGAUCGGUGCCGCGCGCUGGUUUCCUGUCGGCCGUCCCGCGUUUUCCGGCGGAUAAUUCGAGUUUCCGGUGGUUUUCUGGAUUUUAUCCGAGCGGAGGGUUGAUGUCUGUGACUACUGAUUACGGAGAUGAUGCCAUUUUGAUAUUGUUUCAUUUGUGUAUUCUUCUUGUUUAUGCAAAAAGGAAGCAAGGACCUUGACUGCAAUUUCUGACACAAUGAAUUCAAGAAAGGGUGGGGGCAAGACCUUUUCUGCUGCUGCUGCUGCUGGUGGUGGUAGUCCAUCACCAAAGGGAAAAGGCAUUGAAGAGUCUACUUAUGGGAAAGACAGCCCAAAGUUUGAUCAGUUGAGCCGGGACAUGGCAGAUAUCAGCGUGGAUACUCAAGAGGGUGGAUGGGAGGUAUAUGCAAAGAAGUCUAAGAAUCGAGCUGGUGCAGGUGCAGGUGCAGGUACUGCUGCAAAACCAUGGGGAUCUUCAAAUACUGCUCCCAAAGCUUGGGGUCAGUCAGAGGGUUUGCCAAGGCAAGGAUGGGGUGCAAAUGGUGGAGCUGGAAGGACUUCUGGAAAUAAUUGGGGCCAAGGCACUGAUUCUCGUAGGGCUGUGGGCAGAGCUAAUUCAAAGACACAGCCAUCAAAUAGGGGUUGGGAGUCACAAUACACGGCACCACCUCCAGUUGUACCUCCACCACUGCAACAUGGUUGGCAGUGGGCUGCAAGAGGUGGUUCAUCUGCCUCUCAACCAAAGAGAGAAGAAACUCCUCAGGAUGCCACUGUUGGCAGAUAUGCUUCUGAGACAGAAACUGCAUGCCAACAAGUUGAUAAUGGUUCAGAUGAUGACGAGUUAGUGGAAGAUACCGAUGAUGAUUUCAGUGAUGACUAUGAUUCUGAUGAGAGUCAAAAGAGCCAUGAGACUCGAAAGAAGAAUCGGUGGUUCAAGGGAUUUUUCGAAAAUUUGGAUAAACUGUCAGUCCAAGAGAUAAAUGAACAAACAAGACAGUGGCAUUGCCCGGCAUGCCAUAAUGGUCCAGGCGCCAUCGAGUGGUACAAGGGUUUGCAACCAUUGAUGACUCAUGCAAAGACAAAAGGAGCCACUAGGGUUAAGCUUCACAGAGAUUUUGCUGCACUUCUGGAAGAAGAACUUCGUCGGAAGGGGACCUCAGUACUACCUGCUGGGGAAGCAUUUGGUAAAUGGAAGGGUCUUCGUGAGACAACUACUGAUCAUUUGAUAGUUUGGCCUCCAAUAGUUGUUAUUAUGAACACGUUACUUGAAAAAGAUGAGAAUGAUAAGUGGAUUGGCAUGGGAAACCAAGAGCUUCUUGAAUACUUCAACACCUAUGCUGCAGUAAAAGCACGCCAUUCCUAUGGUCCUCAUGGGCAUCGUGGGAUGAGUGUUCUAAUUUUUGAAGCUACUGCAAUGGGCUACUUGGAGGCUGAACGUCUUCACAAGCAUUUUGCAGAGCAAGGAACUGAUAGGGAGGCUUGGGAACGUCGUCGGGUGCUAUUUUAUCCAGGUGGUAAACGCCAAUUAUAUGGUUACUUGGCAAACAAAGAAGACAUGGAAAUAUUCAACCACCAUUGUCAAGGAAAAUCCCGGCUGAAAUAUGAUGUGAGGUCAUAUCAAGAAAUGGUUGUAAUCCCUAUGAAGCAGAUGAGUGAAGAUAAUCAGCAGUUGAUCUGGCUGAAGAACAAGGUUGUUAAACAGGAGAAGCGGUCAAAGGCUCUUGAAGAAACAUUUGGGGUGGUGAGCCAGAAACUGCGUGAAACCAUGGAAGAAAACAGGAUUGUGAGGCUCAGAACCAAGAUCCAACAUGAAGAGAACAAAGAAGAGAUGGAUUACCAAGAGCAAUUUUUCAAGGAGCAGAUGGACAAAGUUCACAAGGCAACAGAGGACAAAGAGAGGAUGUUUGAGAAGUUGUUACAACAGGAACGUGCUAAGGCGAAGCAAUCUGAUGUUGAUGGUGGAACCCAUGAAGAUCGCAGAACCAGGAAGGAGGAAAUCGCAAGGUUUAUUGAUAGCCAGGUGAAGGAUGUCAGAGAAUUUGAGGCAGAGAGAGAAAAGCUUAUACAUUCUCAUGAGGAGAAGAAGGUUGAGCUUAGACGGAAGCAUCUUGCAGAGGAAGUGGAGCUGGAAAAAGAAUUUGAUGCUGCCCUGACAAAGUUGAUGGAACUAUAUGCUCCCAGCAGCUUCGAGGCUUCAACCAGCAGCUCUUAGAGAAUGGAUACUUAUGUGAGAGGAUGGUGGGGGAAACAUCUGUUUUUCCAAAAUUUGAUAUCUGAUCUAAAUAAAUCAUACAGGUUGUACUGCAUAACAUCUCAAAACUGGAACUUGCAUUCAGAGACUUUUUUAAAGAACUUUACAGAAAUACAAAUUAGCAUAGAGAUAUUGACUAGAUAUGAUGAGUCUGCUCUUGCUUUUCUGUAGUUUGUGCA